AUGGUCGAAGCCGGUGUGCUCCAGAAUCAUUCGAAUACGCUGAAUGCGCGCAGACAGUACAGGUAUGUCCCGUUCUCGACGGGGGGCGGCAAUUCAAAUUAGUUCAAGCCAAUUAUAUUUCGAAAACCCAUUCGAUUUCACGUCCUUUACACACACACAUACAAAACUGGCAUUUUUCCCUACGUGUCCUCCCGUUUUCGCCUUCUGACGUGGAUCUGGAUCCCUAACAGAUCCUCCAUUUCUUCUCCCCUUUCUCAAAUGGUCAACCUUCUCCUUUUUCGCAAUCCACUAUGUUUUCUCAAAGCGAAAGGGUUAGUAAAGUCUGCCAGGAGUUGAAGUUUUCGUUCAUUUCAGGUCGGUGGCAUUUGGAACAUGGAAAGUGGGCGGAGCGCGGACGAUGAACGAACGAAGGUCCGAGGAGCCGAUGUCCCGAUUGAAGUGGUGAGAUUUUGCGGAGUUUUGGGCCUACCGUGAUCCGUUGGGGACGCUUCUAGACUUUCUUAGAACGUUCUAGCGCCUGUACAUUAUCUCUUUUUCUCUUUUUUUUCUGAAGCUCUUCCAUAAAUUGUUCACUACCUAGUCAGUCUUUAGGACGAAUUGGAAAAUUAUUAUUCUGCAAAAGUUUAGUACCCGUGUCCCUCUCCUAGAAUAUCUCUAGACCCCCACGUUUACAAUAGGAUUACGUGGAUAACAACACACAAUUGGUCGUCACUUUGGAAGGUAAUCCCGUGGUGGACGCGGCGUUCUCUCCGCAGAAGACCAGUCGGCCACCAACACUAAUUGUCCAUCCCUGCCCAUUCCAUGGCAUCUCCCCUUCUAUUCCAAACACUGUGUCAACCACAAAAAGCCCUCUCCUUCUCCUUCUCCUCAAUUCUCCAUUUGUCGUGAAAUGCCACUGUCCUUUUGAUUUGUUUCUUUUCGGUCCCCCCACCGCUCGCAUCCAUUCCGCUUUAUUGUCUGGUGCCCAAAUGAGGUGGAACCGAAUGUCUUUUCUGUGGUGGUGAAUGGUUGAUGAGGUUGCAAACGAAAUUAGCCUAAUUUCCGAGAAAUCCGAAUGUAAAAGUGUGGCAGCGGUUGGUUCAAGAGGUUCACGGGGAAAGGUAGAAGCUGAGGGAAUGGCCGAAGUUACUAGUGAUGGCCCAAUUUUGAGAACGUGAACUUUAGCGGUAGAGCGUAACUGCAUAGCGAUAACGUGACUUCAAAGCGAUUUAUCUCAGCUGCCAGUGGAGAUAUCCAAAAGUUGUCAACUGAUAAAUUAAUCACUAAGAUAUUAUGCACAUUUUAUUAGUCGACAACUUUUUGAUAACUCUACAGACAGCUGAGAUUCAUUGCGCUGAAAGAACGAUAUUGGAGUGCUCUUCUAUUUCAAUAUUUGAAGGCCUCAUACUGUUUAUCGUGACCUAACAUUUCUUUCUACUUUCACUCUUCCAAUCCGUCCGAUCAAUCAUUUUUCGAAUUCAAAUCGCCGCCGCCCACGUGGCAACAUUCGCACGUCCUUCGGCGGCUCGCAAUUAAGCGCGUUCUGGCCUUGAAAAGCGAACGGAUGGGAGGGCGAAAGCAAGCCUUCGUUUUCCGUUUUCAAAUCGAAGGACACACACACUUUCGCAAAUCUAAGAUGGGUCCAAUAAUGAUGAUUAUCUUCUUUGACUGUCCGUUCGCAUCUUCCUCAUUCGAUCCCUUUACCUUUUUGAAUUUCCGGAUUACUGUAGAGACGAAGUGUUUCUAUUUGAUGCGUUUGCUUUGCAAAACCCAUAAAAAGUGCGAACUUUUUGAUAAUGUGAUUGGUCAGAAACGAAUGGGGCGAAGAAAAUGGCAUAUGCACACACACACACACACACACUCGAGGGAAAGAAAAGCACACAAACCAUACGAAAAAGAAACGUUUUCAUCGCUUUCCCCCCGUUUCUUUUGCCCUCACUUUGAAAGCCUGGAUAAAUAAGAUAUUCGAGAAGCAAGCUGUGCGAGCUCAUUUUUGAGCAAUUUGUGCCCCCACCAGCUCGUAUUACAGUCCGUUUUAGCCAGUUGAUCACUCGAAAGCCCCCCGGGCUCCGCUUCGUCAAGUACCCCCCAUACCAGUUUGCCACGUCACUCCCUCAUCUUUUCAUCUUUUCGCUCAUAACUCAACUUGACACCUUCAAGUAUCCCGCAAGAAGCAAGAUGAAGCCGCCUAAGUAUUUCCGGUUCUCGCCGAGAGGGAGGAUGUCGUUUGUUUUGAUUCGUACCCCCUAGGAUUGAGUAGUAGGCGUCAAGAGGUAUUCCGGAAAAGAUUCCUAGUCUUGGCUUAGGACGCUGGUACAACUUUUAUUCUCAUAAAAUCUCCGAAAUCAGAUCGAUACAUCUAAAAGGCUCUUUCAAAUGUAUCGUUUUAAGAAACCCUGAAAAAAAAAACCAAAUCGUUUUGUGUGCGUUGCCAAACUUCAAAUUAUAUAAUAUCGAAGAAAGUUGGUCCGAACCCACCUCGACUUUUGAUCUGCAUGAGAUAGCAACAACUCUCCGAGCUGUCAUGAUUUGUCACUCGGGAGAUCUCACGCAAAAAGAAGGUCCAUCUCUCUCUCUCUUUCCUCUUUCCCGAUCUAAUCUGUUACUUCUUGAGCCGUUGCGAAUGUCGGAAAUGUGCAUUAUUUGGUAAGAGGCUGACCAUAUGUUUGCAAUUGUAUACACAACGACUUAUUCGGUGGGUGAGAAGCGAGCGGAAGAAGCCUGCUGUUCGCUGCUUCAUUUUGGAGAGGAGAGCUCUCUGAGAGCACCAAUCCAAUCCAGAUAUGUCCUUUUUCCUUGUUGUUUCUCCUCCCUUUUUCCCUGUUUUCUCCCUUAACACUCUUAUUUUGACAGUUCCCCGUGCCUCACAGCUGUCUUCUCUUAAAGGAGCGAAACGCGUCAAAAAGCUGCGCAAACAUUUGAAUUUCGAUGCCAAUUUUGACCUUUUUCAUCAAAAACUUUGACGCUUCGCUGACUAUUUUCCACAUCAUCAUCAUCAUCAUCAUUCACAACAGAUGGACGCAACCAGAUUUCGCCAACGUUACAUGUUCCAGUUUUUAACCUACUGGAAAGUUUUGGGUCUUGUCACGAGAAGGCUCUGAAAAUCUAGUGCCGCGCCUGAAAAUAUCGUAAAUUUUUCUCCUCGCAACUUUUUUUUUCGUGGAUUUCUAUGAAAAGCAAGAGAAAAUCGUCAGGAAAGAGGUUGUGGUACAAAGAAACCUAUAAUAGAGUGACAUCCCAAAUACCGUGUAUAGAAAACGGUGUAUCUCAGCUGUUAGUGCAUUUAUCAAAAAGCUGUCAACUAAGAAGUUGUUUAUUAAGAUAUUUGACGCAUUUUAUCAGUUCACAACCUUUUGCUAUCUCCACUAGUAGUUGAGAUACAUUGUUGUGAAAGAACGGUAUUGGCGGGCCGUUCUAUAAUUUUCACACUUCUUGCUCCCUAUGUAUGCUUUAUGCCCGUACAAAUGCUCGAAAAAGAUGUCAAACAUGGCCGGCACGUAAUAUAAUUCCCCACCCCUUCGCCCACCCCCCACAUUCACUUCUCAUAAAUAAAUUGACGACACCGAUGGCGUGUGCUCCCUUCCCUUUCUUGCCCACAUCUGCUCACUAUCAUCAAUCGUCAUUUCCUGUCAUUUCCUUUUUUUUUGGAGAGGGAAGUCUUAUCAAUUUGUCGCACACAAAUUGGUUCAAUUUGAAAAGCUAAACGAUGUUUUGCUGCCAUUCUCGCGACAACUUUUCUGUUUUUUUUGACUUGACCGACCCGUUUCCCUCCUUAUUUGAGCAAGAGCACCCGCACAUUUCUUUGCCAAAAAAGUGACUCUGUGCCCAGUUUUCCGGUCGCCCCUCCGCGCCGAAAAAAAGCACAUUUCAAGAGUUCCACCCCUUCGGCCGUCAGAUUUCGACCACUUUUUUAUGUACGUAAAUCUUUGAGCCGGGAAAUUUGCUCACAAGACACUUUUAGUUACUAAUAAGUAAGAAAUUAUUUCUAGAACACUGGAAAAAUAUACAAAGCGCAACUCGGCUCAAAGUUGUCUACUAUCCACGUGUCCCAAUUGAUUUUCACCUGGCCGACUUGAUCUAAACCCUCCCGCACCUAAAAACAACAAAAGUUCCAUGACACAAAAACACAGCUGUUUUACUUUUCCUUCCUCUCUCUCUCUCUCUUUCUCCUUCUCUCUUAUUCUCCCUCUUCUUCUCUUUUUAAGUUUUGAUCAGAUCAGCUGUCUAGUAUCAAUUUCAAUGACAAGAAAAGUUUGGAAUCAUCUACAUAAAGUGCUCCUCUGGCUUGGAAUUUGUUUAUUUUGGGUGCUAUUCACAAAGCCAGCAUGUGUAUAUGAAUGUACAUGACCAUUAACUUUUCGCUCCCUCUCUCACUCCCUCUCUCCGUCCGUAAUCCGCAUUUUCAUGUCAAUUACACUUGUGUUCCUUUGUCGUCGUCGUCGUCGUCGUUUUCUGACCUCCCACCUGACCGAGUGUUCUCGGUGUUCAAAAUGUUGGUAGAGCGACCGUAAUCCUACCAAAUUUCAUGGCUCUUUUCAAUGGCCAUCAAUUUUCAGCUCGUCGCCGGAACUCCAUCACCUUUCAACAGCCGCCUCAGCCGCCUCGACGACCGCUUCUUCUGCCGCACUUGGCUCCAACCUGCUCAGCGUCGACAAACGGCACAGUCGGCUCGGCGAGAGCAGUCCCAACCUGUCGCGCAUUCAUCACACGCACACACAGUUGUCGUUGGGUACGUUUCGUUGCCGUUUUUGAGAAGGGGGAAGGUUUUUUUGAAAUCCAUGUUGAUUAUUGUGUUACGCAUGACCACACAACUGUAUUCCUAUCGAGUUGAGUUGACGCACGGUAAGCUACUAAUGUACAGGCGUGGAAGUAUCAGUACGGGCUCUAGUAGGCUUUAGAAGGCUAUAUCUCGAUUUAGCAGGCUCUGGCAGGCUAUAAAAGGCUCUAGUGACUGUAGUAGGCUCUAACAGGCUCUAGAAGGCUUUAGCAGGCUCCAACAGGCUCGGGCUUGGUGUGUUUCGAUCUUCUAGGGUAACAUUUUCAAUUUGAAAUCAGUUCCCCUCGGCGAUCGCAAUCUGAGGAAUGCCAAUUAGCCCCGCUCGUCCAAAAAAACAACAGCUUUUACGAUGUUACAACCCCACCCUCGAUUCCCAUCAAAUGCCCUCCCUUAUCUCGUUCCUUUCCGCUCGCAAUAACCCCCCGGAAUGACCAGGACAGAAGAUUCAAAUUCGAAUUCUUCCUGACGAACCCAAAAUUAACAAGUCUUUCUUCAGGUCUGCCUAACAAAAUGAGCCAAACGCACGACUUCUUCUCGAGCACCGAAUAUUGUCAGUACGUGUGCAGUCGAGACGAUAUUGGUGAGUUUGAAUCGUUCCGAUCGUUUCCCAUUCAAAUCUUCCUCGUUCCCAACCCGAUCCUUUCCGCUUUUUCUUCCCAUCUUCUAACUUUUCUCGCAUACAUGAAUAGGUAAUCCUCUCCUUUCUUUUCAAAUCCUACCCACAACCCGUCCGUUCUCAUUCAUUCAUCAUCCCAUUUGCACGGCCGACAAGACGGUUUUCCUAGAAUGUAGCCUAGUCGAAAAUGAGAGACAUUUUUCAUUGAUACCCAAUGAGUCAGGUACCAAAAAUGCCAUUGUUCUCAUUUGGAGGACCCGGGUAUAAAAAUGGGAACAAGUAUGAUUUUUGCUGCUGCCCGCGUAGUACAAAAUGGUAUAUUAGUUCGCGAUUGUUAAUCCCCCGGCGCCCGAAUUUUGUUGAAAGCAGUGAUGAUAAUCUGUUUGUGAACAGACCUUUCUUUUUGUCUCUUUUGUGUUCUGCUCCUGCUGCAAAGCAUUGACCACGUCUGUAUGUGUCUGAAUUUGCUGUGGAAAUGGAGUAAGUGUUUGAAACGAUUUAACUCGGUUACGAGCAGAGAUAUUGAAAUGUUGUCAACUAACAGAUUGUUUUGCAAGAUAUGGUGUACAUUUGAUUAGUUGACAACUGUUUGAUACCUCCACAGACAGCUGAAAUGUGUUGUCUUGAAAUUGUACUAUAUUUUUACGGUAGGCGCUGAUGAUGAUUCUACAUGCUUGACGGUGCUGUUAAAACUGUUGUUGCUUCAAAACGUUUGUACUUUAGCUACUUCAAGGCUAACUGGUAGCUUUGAAAGUUUCCUUCACUUUUUCUUGACUAAUCCCCCUCGCUUUCCUCGUCCUUCUCCGUCGGAACUUUCUCCCUUCUCCAUCCAAAUCCCAAUCCAAUCAGGUGAACUGAGCGCAAAACUGUCAAGUUUUUUCGUCCGUCGAUUUGCCACCCACUUGACGUCGUCGUCGCCGCCGCAGAUCUCUCACAAAUGGGCGAUGGAUGGCAAUCGAAUUGUCAGCGAGUGAACACUUGAACCUUUUCGUUCUCUGACUGCUCUUUGGCGCCUUUUCCCCCCCUCUAAUUGUCCUCUUUUUCUAUUGUUUUUCGCACUGCGCGGCGAGCAGAGCAACACAAACAGGCGGCCUCUUGUGCACAUAUUGUCGGUCACUUUUCUCGCCACCGUCACCGCUUUUUUGUUCUGUCAGCAGCACUUUCCCUUUGAUUACCUAACAGUUUGUGUCAAGUGUCGCCCCUUCUUUAUCACGAGCGGCGCUGGGGUGAUGAUGAACUUUUUUUUGAGAGUUGAUUUGAUAGGGAGUAGGGAUCAAUGAGCGGAUAAUCAAGUGGAUCUUCAAGAUGUUCUCUUGUGAACUUGUGAUGCAAAUGCGCUCCAAUAAACUUUUUGUGAACUUUAAGUAUUCCAAGUGCAUGCUAUCAAACUUUGUAGGUUAAAGACCUAUGCUUGAAACGUUUGUCAAGUAUUGUAGAGGGCCUGGAAGCUAUCAGAAGGGAGAUGAGUCUAUUCAAAACUAUUUAUCUUGGCUGCUGAUAGAGAUUUUAAAAAGUUGCUAACUGAUAAAUUACACAAAAAGACAUUUUGCACAUUUGAUUUGUUGAAAACUUUUUGAUAUCUCCAUUGACAGCUGAGAUAUAUCAUCCGAAAUAGUAUUUACGGUAGCCGAACAACUUCGUAACACCUGGUUUACUGAAAACAUGAUCGAAACUACAGCUCCAACAGCCGUGUUCUGAUCCUUUGUGCUUGUCUCCUCCGUUCUGCAACACCCUAUUCCGUGUUCCGAACUAUUUCGAGCCCAUCCUCAACCAGUUUCCACUCCGACAUGGUUUUGAUUCCUCAUCCGAACAGCACACAUGUUUUGUUGCCGAAAAGACUGAAACAUUAUUAAUGAGAGGAAGCGCGUGCCGGCGCGCGCUCGAAACAGUGACAAGAUUAAACAUUGUACUCGUGUACCUGCACACAAGACCUGUCUCUUCCUCUUAUUUGCCCCAACACCAGUACUGUUGAGGAGGAGGCAAAGAAGAAGAAGAAGAAGGUCUCUCUCUCUCUUUCUUGAGAGUUUUGUGAUUGUGGAUUUCCGAGCUCGAGGUGCUUUCCCACCCAACCACAAUACCGAUAAUACCCUUUCUGUUUGAACUCUCACCGCUUCCGCCGCCUCCCCAACACACCUACCACUUGGUCAUUUUGACGUGGGUGUUGUGGAGGACGACGCGGUGGUGGCGACGGCCCAUGUUCUUCAUUCUGUCGCUCAUCGACCUGUGGGCAUGGCUCGUCACGUUUAAGGACAUCUCGCUGGCCGUGAUUGGCGGCGGAAAAGCGGUCACGGACGGAGGCGAUGGUAGAGGUAAGACGGAUUCGCAUGAUUCAUCUCAAUUUGGAUACUUACUCUCCUCCCUUUUUGCUUUUUUGUUUUUCUUUCUCUCUUUUCUCCGUUAGCACUGUAAUUAGAGUCCCCCCGAAAACACAUUAGUGACUGGCCUGGUUUUGACUUUGACACAUUCCCCUCGCAAGUUUUUCUCUGCAUUUUUUUUUGCUGACAUCCGAGGUCUAACUUUGAAGACAUGUAUCUAGAAACCCAACAAGUUUACCAAAAAGUUGUCAACUAACAAAAUGUGGAAAAUUUCAUGAUAAACAACUUUAUAGUUGAUCAUUUUGUCUGAAAAUGUUUAGUUUUUGAGUUGUGCGUAGAGUUUUGAAGCGUGUUGCCGCACUUCUUGUGGCCGUUCACAUCCUUUGACUUGGAAAAAUGCUGAACACUUCUUUGCCAAAAUUUCCAUAUUGUCAUUUCCCCCAACGUAUUCCAUUUAAUUUUCUCCUAUUCAACUAAAGAACACACAUUCCUUCGUCUCUAGUAGUAAAAAAAGCAAAGUGAAUAAAUUCGAUUUGCAUCUCAUCUCAUUUCACUUCCGGCACCUUCUGUCCAGCUUCUAGUUUUCUCUUUCUUCUUCUUUCUCUUUUUCAUGCUCUCCUAUCCAUUUUAUAUCAAGGGAGGCUUUGUAAUUGUAACACUUGAAAACCGCAAGAGCCGCGUGGCUCCAUGGCUCCUGGCACCCAUUUCCACGGGACCACAUUUCUUUUGAUCAUCAAUGCACUGCCAUCGCGAUAUAAUAUGUUUGUUUGCCCCCGGAUUGUUGCGAAAAGGCGACACCUGUCUUCUCUUCUCUUUUUCUCUGAAAAGAGAGAAAGAUGCUGAUCACACACGCACACACACGUUCAACAAUGCAAGAAGCGAUAGGAAAAAGAGGAUCUAAUUGAAACGGGUGGCCGCCCGGGGAACAACUGUCCUUCUCAAAUCUUUUGCGAAUCUUCAUCCUCGAGAAACACUAUCUCUUUUUUGCUGCUGACCCCUCGCUAGUACUAGUGCGACCUCAGCUCUCCGGCUCAGCUUCAACCUUGAAAUGGUCUACGAGCUGUCGUAUGUGGUGGCGCAGAACGAACGACGCGAAGGUUUGUGUGGUUUCCUCACUUUACGCUCUAUUUGGUAAACUGAACAAAUGUUUUCCGGGAUGAGUGUAAGUAUGUACUUGUCAAGAAGAAGAAAAAGAAGAAGAAGAAGAAGAAAGAGUCUAUGAAUAGGAAGGGGAUCCGGGUCAACAACUAUGCAGAUGUUUCGUUCCGUUUCACACUCAGAAUUUGCGCGUUUUAGGGUGUCAAGUUUAGCAACUAGUUUACAAUGAUUUCAGUAUAACCAAGAAUCACAUUGUCAAAUCCUAGGCCGUCAACUCUGGCCAGGCUCCAGAUUACCAAACUCAAAACGAUCUUGCCAGACUUUAGGUCAUUUUAUGAUGUUUUGUGAAGUUAGGCCAUCAUUUUCAAUGAUUGUCGGAUCCUAGGCUAUCGGUAUGAACAAUAUCGAAGCCAGGAACGUUACCUCUGAAAUUUACCUGAUCAAAGCUUGCAAAGUUUUGUCAAAUAGAAUGAAACCCCUCAGCUCGCAAGUUGUCGGAUCCAAGGCCACCCCCGUUUUGACUUUUCACUCUGAAAUUUGCAUACCCAGCACAGACGCACACAAACAUUUAGCAUAUCCAACCAACAACCGCCACUCUCUCUCUCUCUCUCUCUCUUCUCCUCCGCUUUUCCGAAAUUCAUUAGCUCUUUGUCCUUCCCCUCGUGGCGCAUGCUCUUCUCUUUCCCUUUUUAACACUUUUUCGGCCCCACUCGGAGGUCUUUUUCUUCUUUUCGAAAAGACGCUUGCUCUCAUUUCCCUCGCUUCUCAACCCCAUAAACUCAAAAUAUUUAUGAGAAGUCGGAGGGGGAGGGAGAGGAGGACCCAUCGAAACGGCAGAGGGGGAUAGUAGUCGUAGUAGCAUGCCGUUUGCUCCUUGUGCUUCUAGAGCCGGAAAUAGUGCUCUCGGAUGGCGUUACUUGGAUUGCAUUUCCUGUUCCUUACCCCCUCUCUCACACCAACUUGGAUGAGGUUUAGGAGAGUACAUUUGUGUUCCUUGGCUUUUUCAUUAAGACCUUUAGAGCUACAAGAGCUCAGCAAAGAGCUCCUUAUCACAUACUCAAUAGAGCGCACUUGCUUCACUUUCAUUUCAUCCAACAAAUUACCGCCACGCCCCAAUCCACGUCAUUUCCAUGUGCUCCCUCUCUCGCCCCUCAAAAAAACAGAGAAAUAGGAGUGCCCCUUCCGGCUUCUUCUUCUUCUUCUUAUUCUUAUUCCUCACCCUCUUCCAGCAGUCCACUUGACAAUUUCGCACUCACUUUUCUUGUUUUCGCUUUCUCACAAAAGUGUUUGUUUCCAAAUGGUAAUCCCCAGAAUUGUUCCUCUUUGGUGCCGUGAGAAAACUGGACAAACACACCCCGGGCGGCCGAGGAGGCGGUCAUUAAAAGGGGGCAACAUUCUUUCGAUUCUUUGAGAAUUGGUGUUUGUCGGAGCUUAUCAGUUGGUGGUUUUGCAGUCAAACUGUCACUUGAGACUGUGUGUACUCUCUCUCUCUCUCUUUCUCUCUCUCUCUCUAGCCUACUUGACAUGAGGAGGCGCCAGUUAGGAGCACACUUUCGCAUUCCUCUACUAAUCAUAAUCACCUGACCGCUCUAGCUUUGCUAUAUUUUAACUGACAUUGCUUGCCCCUAAAGAAGAAUAAGGAAGAAUUCUUGUACUUUUAUAGUGAGCUUGUACUGGAAAAGCGGAAAAACCAUUCUAGUCAUUUCUUGAAGUACCCGCUCUUUUUCAACUAAUUAGAGUCAUAAAGGAGACCUUUCACAAUUGGUACUUGGUACUAAAACUACUUAUGAAACGUAAAAAGUGGCAUAGUUUACUCAAAAAUCAUACUUGGGGCCUAACCUUGCUACGCUAACUUUAGUGAUAUUGCUGCAAAAAGAGCCCAUAUCGCUGGAGCCUCCAAUAAAUUCCUAAAUGUUGCAGACUCGUUCAACGGCAACUCGACGGGCGUCAAAUCGUCGGAAGCGUUCGUCCGAAAGUCGCGGAAGGAUGCGAGCGGAUUGCUGGCACUAGACGACUCCUCCUCCACCUCUUCCAACCACCACCACCACCAUCAUCAUCCGCAUCUCCAUCAGCAGCAGCAGCAGCAGCAGCAGACACAAUCGAAAAGCGCGCGCAACCUGAAAUACUCGCAAAGUUCGCGCAGAAAGUACGAGCAGACGAAUAGCGGCAGCUCGACGGACGACUCGGACCGAGGAAGUGCACAUCAUCGGUGAGUUCGGCUGUUUGUCGGCACAUUCAUUGUGUCACUUUUCGUACGCGGAAAAACGCUUUUUUUCGCGUCCACCGGCCACGGAUUGGGUUUCACAAAAUGUCUCACUCGGGAGAGCACAACAGCCCCCCAGUCCGAGUCGGCGGCGGCUCGGCGCCCAUCCUCAUCAUCAUUACAUGCACUUUCUUUCUCUUGAAAACACAUUACUGCUCUUUUUUGUUGAAUAACCAAAUGAGUCGUUUCAAUUGUGAUCAGACUUGCAAGACUUUGUGCAAGAAAUUCAAAACGAUUCAUUGGUAAAAGUUUGAAAAACGCACUUCAACCACUUUUGAACCGAUUUUUGGUUCUUUGCAAGUCUGGUUGUGAUUUUGACCUCAAAUCUUUGGAUGUUUUUCAUUAUUUUUUGAGACCCCGCUCAUUUAUCUUUUGGGUGACACAUCUUCGAGGGGUCUAGACAAAAACAUAGUGUAAAAUCACCUGAUGGUUAGACAAAUCCGACUUUGCUACAUGAAACUUGAUCUAUUCUCUUGAUCUCAAUGUUGCGAAUGCGCUCCAUUGAACCGAUGAAAACUUGAGCCCUUCGCUUUUCCUCUACCAAACCGUCCACCUUCUGAAAGAGACCAUUUGCAGAUCGCACAGCGCGGGUCCCCAUACGACCUACUCGACGACCUCUGCGCACGCCGUCUCGACGACCGAAAUGAACCGGUCGGGCGUGAUGCCACGUGGCACGACGGGCGCCGACAACAAUACGACGUUCCUGCGCGCGACGAAGCGCUUCUUCAAGAAGAUCUACACGUCGGCGACGUUGCCGAAGAAGCAGAACUCGACGUCGAUGGACAACUUCCAGAAGUCGGCCGUGUUCUUCGACGAGGAUCACAAUCAGAAUCAUCAGAUUCGCGGCGGCGGCGGCGGAAUUCAGAAGAAGGCGCCGUUGACGAGCGACGAGAACGACUACACGACGCAUCUGGACGACGACUUCGACGAUGAGGUGGGUGGUUUGCGCGGAGAUUUUAGAUGGAAAGAGUUGCAAUUUACAGACGAUGCGCUCCGAGAACGCGACAAUGGACAUUAGUUAUCCGGACAGCGGCUUCGAGAUGGAUCGUGCGUCGACUCCGGAGCAGUCGAGUGUCUCAAUGACGUCGACGUCGAAAAGUGGAGACGAAGGGCCCGUCAACUUUAGCAAUCUGUUCGAGCAGUUGAAGAGGGAAAUGGUAGGCCAAAACUUUGGAAUACUCUCUAAUAAUAAAAAUCCCUUUCCAGCAAGAGAUGCGAGAACGCGACGCGCAGAUCCUCGCGGACCUCCAGCGUGUCGAGACCCAAAUCCAGACGGUCAAACAGGCACAAAUCCUGGCGUCACUACAGGACGAGUUCGAGCCGGUCGAAAGCAUGCCCCUCUAG